AUGGAAUCCGAAACACCAGCGAAGCGGCAGAGGUCGGCCAAGGAUGUGCCGUAUAAGCUCGUGUAUUGGCCGGGCAUUCCCGGCCGGGGCGAGCACAUUCGGCUUGCUCUCGAGGAGGCCGGUGCCGACUAUAGCGACACGGAAGGCGGCGUCGAUGAGGUCCUCGCCUCGAUUCAGGAUUCGGGCGACGAGUUCAACCCCCCUGUUCUCGCGCCGCCCGUCCUGAAGCACGGCGAGCUCACAAUCAGCCAAACACCCAACAUCCUCUUGUACUUGGGCCCGCGCCUCGGACUCGUGCCAGACGCCAACCAGAACCCCGAUGGUAUUUAUCGGGUCAACUCGCUCGCGCUGACAGCGCUGGACGGGUUGAGCAAUGAACCUCACGAUUGCCACCACCCCAUCGCAACUGGUCUUUACUACGAGGACCAGAAAGUGGAGAGCAAGAGAAAGUCCGAAGAUUAUGUCAAGAAUAGGCUACCAAAGUUCUUGUCGUAUUUCGAACGAGUUCUCGGAUCCAAAUCGAGCGGUGAUGGGCCCUGGCUCUACGGUGGAAGCCUGACAUAUGCCGACUUGGUUCUUUUUCAUUGUGUGGAUGGCGUCAAAUUCAUGUUUCCCAAGGCCAUGGCAAAGUUGGAACAGGGGGGGAAGCAUACCAAGGUCUUUGCCCUCCACCAAGCUGUCGGAGAAAGGCCGAGAAUCGCGGCAUAUCUAAAAAGCUCUCGAAGACAGAAGUACUCUGAUGGCAUUUAUAGAUAUUAUGAGGCGCUCGAUAUUGAGCCCUGA